CUCCUCCCGCGAUUUCUAGAGCUCCAAACCUUCCAGAUCUCGCGCUGUUCCGGCAGCUCGACUGCUUCUCGCGAACUAUUAGAGGGGUAAUAGCUUGUGCGAUCCAGUGGAUCAUUCAUGGGGUUCAGAUCGGAUGCUUAGCACAGCUGGGCUGAGGCUUUUCGUGCUCGUCGCGAUUGGGAGCAGGAACUCGGGCGCUAUUUGGGGGAGGAAGCUGGGUUGAUUUCAAACGAAUGGGGACGAGUCAAUCGGCGCGCUCUUUCGCUGUUCCGCAGGGCCGACUUGCGGGGUACGGACUUAUGAUUAGUUCGGGAGCAGAAGCGGAGCCUCAUUUCUGAAGUUAUCUACUUUUAUCUCCCACUUUACUAAGGUUGCCAAAUGCUCUGGUGCUGUACAAUAACCCCAACCCACUAGUAUCGAGAACAUGAACCAAACGCUCAAAGCAUGAUAUGUUGAUAUGCUGCUACCAAGACGGUUCAUGAGCUCAGCAAUGAAUCUAACUGGCAAUGGAGUAGAGAUCUCAAUGGAGUACAGUAACACUUUGAUAUGCUGCUACCAACACGGUAUCAGCUUCAAGUCCUGCUGCUGCACCAUAAAUGCGCGAGAGAGAUGCCUGCUGGGAGUACUGCGACAAGCUGGAUGGGAACAAAGUCCGUUGCAGGUUCUGCCACAAGGUUCUCAAUGGUGGCAUCAGCCGGCUCAAGUUCCAUCUGUCUCAAAUUCCCAGCAAAGGGGUUAACCCUUGCACCAAGGUGAAGGAAGACGUCAUUGAGAAGGUGAAGGCUAUCAUAUCGGCAAAGGAAGAGUACAAGGAGUUCCAGCUUCUCAAGAGGCAGCGGGUAGCGGAAUUGUCGGUACCCCCGAAACGAACACAGGAGGUUCUGGCUCAAUCUACUUCUCCAGGGCUGGCAAACUCUCCAGCUGCUGCUCUUGCUGCUGAACAGAGUCACCUUCUUGCUCUGGAAGUGUCGACUCCGGUACCAAAACUAUCCGGUGCUGCUAACAAGUCACGCGCUGCUUCAGAAUUGGAGGCUGAACGAUGCAUAGCUGAGUUCUUUUUCGAGAAUAAGUUGGACUAUAGUAUAGCAGACUCAGUUUCAUACCAGCAUAUGCUGGAGGUACUUGGUGGUGUGGGGUUCCGAGGGCCGUCAGCAGAGGUUCUGAAGGACAAGUGGUUGCACAAGCUCAAGUCAGAGAUUUUGCAGAAAACUAAAGAGAUUGAAAAGGAUUGGGUGACAACAGGUUGCACUAUAUUGGCUGAUUCAUGGACUGAUAACAAAUUGAAAGCCUUAAUCAACUUUUCUGUGUCGUCUCCUCUAGGGACAUUCUUCCUCAAAACAGUGGAUGCCUCUCCACACUUCAAAACUCACAGAGGGUUGUACGAUCUCUUUGAUGAGGUGAUUCGAGAAGUAGGCCCAGAGAAUGUUGUUCAGAUAAUUGCUGACAGGAAUAUAAACUACGGCAGCAUAGAUAAGCUAAUCAUGCAAAACUACAACAGCAUCUUUUGGUCCCCAUGUGCAUCUUUCUGCAUUAACUCAAUGUUGGAUGACUUCUCCAAGAUUGAUUGGGUGAACCAAUGCAUUUGCCAAGCACAAACCAUAACACGAUUUAUCUACAACAAUAAGUGGGUUCUUGAUUUUAUGAGAAAGUCCAUGGCAGGGCAAGAGCUUGUCUGCUCAGGGAUUACAAAGUCUGUAUCAGAUUUUCUCACAUUGAAAUCCUUGUUGAGGCACAGGUCAAAGCUGAAGCAAAUGUUUCAUUGCGCUGAAUAUUCAUCUUCUUCAUAUGCAAGUAGGUCCAUUCCUUGUGUUGAGAUACUCAAUGAUGAUGAGCUUUGGAGAGCAGUUGAAGAGAUAGCUGCUGUUUCUGAACCUUUGUUGAGGGUCAUGAGGGAUGUUUCAGGAGGCAAAGCUGCCAUUGGUUACAUAUAUGAGUCUAUGACAAAGGUGACAGACUCUAUUAGAACAUACUACAUAAUGGACGAAGGCAAAUGUAAGUCGUUUCUGGACAUAGUGGAGCAAAAAUGGCAAGCAGAGCUGCAUUCACCUCUUCAUUCAGCAGCCGCUUAUCUGAACCCAAGCAUCCAGUAUAAUCCAGAAGUAAAAUUUUUCACUUUUAUCAAGGAGGAGUUCUACCAUGUUCUUGAUAAGGUGCUUACAACGCCUGACCUAAGGCAAGAUAUUACUUCUCAAUUGCAUGCUUUCCGCAAGGCGCAAGGGAUGUUCGGUUCUAACAUUGCUAAAGAAGCCCGUAACAAUACCUCCCCAGGGAUGUGGUGGGAACAAUACGGCGAUUCAGCACCAUCACUGCAACGAGCCGCUGUCAGGAUAACCAGCCAGGUUUGCAGCACCUUGACGUUCCAAAGAGACUGGGAUAUAAUCCUUCAGAACCACUCUGAAAAGCGCAACAAGCUGGACAAGGAGGCUUUGGCCGAUCAAGCCUACGUGCACUACAAUCUCACGCUCCAUUCCGAGCCAAAGACGAGGAAGAAGUUGGAUGGGGACCCAAUCGCACUGGAUGGAAUUGACAUGACGUCGCCAUGGGUGGACUCUGACGGCCCAAUCCUCACCCAGUGGCUCGAUAGGUUCCCGUCCGCCUUGGAUGGUGGAGACUUGAACACUAGGCAGUUUGCUGGAUCCAUCUUUGGCCCCGGCGAUAAUCUGUUCGGCUUGUAAUAUAUUCUCAGUUCCAGGUCUAACACAGCGUGACUUUUGUUUCUGUUGUACAAGUGCUCAUGUAUGUAGCCAUGUAGGUCUUCUGUAGUUCAAUCUCUGCUAGGAUAGAGGCAUAGAUGUCAAGGUAAGAAUUACAUGUUACCCUUAUUCAGUCAACGAGAGAAGUGCCUGUUACUCAUACUUAGUCCCCAUUAACAUGAGAACCUAGGGUAUGGAGACUGAAUCUGAAAAUAUGUUAGAAUC